AUGAAAGCGCUUUCCAUCCCGAAGCUUGAACUGCAGGCGGCGUUACUCGCUACCCGCUUGAAGGAAGAUGUCCUCAAAGCUCUAACCAUUCCUGUGUCAAACACUUUCAUGUGGACUGACAGCACCACUGUGCUCCAGUGGUUAAACUCAGGUAGUAAGCAACCCACUUUCGUGGCAAACCGUAUUGGAGAGAUUCUGGAAAGUACGAACGUAGACCAGUGGUUUCACGUCUUAAGUGGAGACAACCCUGCUGAUACGGGAACCAGAGGAAUCUCAGAGGAGUCCUUAAAAACAAGCAGCUGGGUAAACGGGCCAAGUCUGCUGAAAAGUGGCGAGUGGCUUUUCAAGCCGAGCAUAGAAGUACUUAAGAAAAUCCACCUGGCUGGUCCCACUUGUGACCCUAAUGAAGGUUUAGAGCAGGCCUCUAAUUUUUCAAACGUUGCACAAAAACAAAAACAACCCAUUUUAUUUGCAUGGGAAGAAUUCAGCUCGUUUCGUAAACUUCAGCGAAUGGUUGCCUUCAUGCUCAGACUUAGUCCGAAACACCGGGACUACCGCACUAAAGUCAAAGAAAUAACCGAUCCGGUUGAAUUAGAAAACGCCAUACAACGACUUUUGUUGAUUUUCCAAAAGGAAUCUUUUGAAGCGGAAUAUUUACUCCUGUCCUGCAUCAAAAACCGUUAA